AUACUUCAUUUGGUUUUCGCACGCACGGCCGUAGACGAGAGAGACGAGCAAGUAUCGACCGAAGAGGCAAAGAUGCGCUGGACGCCGCGGAAGGGAUUGGGCCUGUUUGUGGCCUUGCUCUUGGACGUACAAGUGCUGGCGACGGAUGGCUGGGGAGGGCGCUACACUCUCAGCACCGUCUGUGGCCUGGAGGGAAGCACGGUGGAGCUCCAGUGCGCCUACUGGCACCCGACAACCGACAAACGCCAAAGCAUUUACACAACGGAGACUUGGUGGCACACCGAGACCAACUGGCCCAAGGGAAAGAAGCCCAAAGAUUUGCGUUUGGACUCCAGAUACUCCGGUCGACUGCGCUUUGACUGCCAACGGAAGACGUGCAAGUUGGUCAUCCGGGAGCUGAGACAAAGCGACGCCGGCGAGUACAGAUUCAGAUUCGCCACGUCACGUGGAAGAGGCUUCAGCGUCGCGCCUGGAGUCACUCUGAGUGUCACCGAGCUCAGCGUAAAAGCGACGGGGGCCAGCCUCAAGUGUGAGAGUGAGAGCAAGUGCUUUCCGACGGCUUCUCCAUUCAUCUGGUACAAGAAUGGAGAGGAAACCAAAGAUUCCACUACCCAAUUCCUAUAUAUAUAUCCCAGCUCCGGAAACAGCUACGCAUGUGCUCUACGAGACUAUGAGCAGCUUGCAUCUCCUCCCGUGUGUGUGUCACGUUCCACCUCAUGUCCCAAGGUGGUUUACGACAGCAGACGCAUGUGCGCCCUCAAAGGCUCGACAGUAGACAUUGGGUGCUCUUACAGCCCCUAUAGGCAGGUCAAGUCCAAAUUCUGGUACACAGACCAAUGGCAACCUCGGGACAUUACGUUGGACGACCGCUAUAAAGGUCGUGUCCAGCUCUUUGACUCAACCUAUAGACGAUCGACUCUGAGAAUCAACGACGUGACGGAGAGCGAUUCUGCUGAGUAUCGCUUCAAAUUCUCCACAGAAAGUUCUGAAUGGAGGGGCCGUUUUCCGGGAACCACUUUGACAGUCACAGCUGCGCAGGUGCAGGUGACAAACGUCACAGGUGGAAGCCCAGACGUCAUCGCUCAGCUGGUGUGUCACACGACAUGCAACCUGGAAGUUCCUUUGUCUUUUUGCUGGUUCGUGAAUGCACACCAAGUGGGCAACUGCGAGCCUUCCCAGACGGCCAAACCUCGGCAAAUCACUUUAUCUCCCGGAGACUACGUCACCUGUCAAGUGGAAAGAAAUCCAUUCGGCGUCUCUUCUCGUCUGUAUGCUCUGGCGGCCCCCUCGGUGUCGGCGAGUCACUCGGGUGAUGGUAUCUUGAAGGGUCACCAGCUGACUCUGACCUGCAGAGUCGACCCAUUAGCAUCAUGUACAUACGGGUGGUUUAAGGCGACCGGAAAGUCAGGUCAUCAAAAAGUGAGUGACGAAGCUGUCCUGGUCAUCCCAUCCAUCAAGGCUUCAGACUCUGCGGAUUAUUUUUGUACCGUGGCAAAUGAGCUGGGGGAGAAGCAGUCAGAACGCAUCAAAGUCAAUGUGAAAUAUCCUCCGGAGGACGUCGCUUUGGAGGCCAUUCCAUCAGAAGUCCCUUCGGAGGGCCAGUCUGUGAGUCUGAAGUGCAGCAGUGCCACUAAUCCAAAGGCUCGCUACGCGUUUUACAAGGACAACGAACGGGUGGGCCGGGAACCGGGCGGAUUUGUCAAUUUCAGUUCUAUCAGGCCUGAAGAUGCCGGAAACUUCCACUGCCAGGCCUGCAAUCAAUACGGAUGCGUCAAUUCUUCAAAGGUUCUCCUAGACGUCGCAUACGGUCCUCGGCUGCCCAAGGUCUCAGCCACACCCUCGGGUUCUGUCGGCGUGGGCUCUUGGGUCAGCCUGACCUGCAGCAGUGAUGCCAACCCCAGCGCGAGCUACAUUUGGUACCACGAGAACUCUCGCAAAUCCGACAUGGCCGUCUUUAACAUCAGCGACUACCGAGCGGAGCUCCACGGCGACUAUUGCUGCCAAGCCUCGAACACAAUUGGGAGCCAGAACGCCACGCUGCGGCUCUCCACCGAGGCCAGUCCACUGAAGGUGAUGACGGUGGUUUGCGUGCUGGCUGGCUUGCUCCUCCUCUUCCUGAUUCUUGGGGCCGCCCUGCUGCUCAGGAAAAAGAUGGCACCAGCAGCUCAGCCAAACGCAAGCGCAGAAGACAGCAGGGGGGGUCCGGACGAGCUGCUGUACUCCACGCUGGCUUUCUCCGCGCCCGACGCCAUCUACUCCAACGUCGCCCGGGCCGAGAGGCGCCGGAGCGAAGAUGGGGACGAGGGAGUGGAGUACAGUGCCGUCAACUGCCGCGCCUCCAGGCCCAGGCCGGAAGCUGGAGCGGACGCCGACGCGUGCGGCGCGCUCUACAGCACCGUGCAGAAGCGCAUCUGACCCAAGCAAGCAAGCUGAGCCUUGGCAACCAAAACGUCAAGGCACAUUCGGCUGUUUGUAAAGCCUUUCUAGAUCCAA